GAACCUUUAGGAGGCGCUCUGACGCUCUUCAGUCCGCCGGUAAAACCGCUGAAGAAAAAACGAAGGCUGCUGCACUGAGACUGAGUGUUCAGAUGUUGAGCAUGAAAGCGCAGAUGGAUGUGAUCUGCUGUAAAUCAGUAGGAACUGAUCUGUCCAUGCUGGAUAUUGAGGAUUUCAUCAGUGAAAUCUGUCAGCUGAAGAAAGAGGUGGCGUCACUGGAGGCAAAGCUGAGAGAAAGAGGAGACAAACCCAACAGAGAGGAUCUGGAGAAGGUUUCAGUGUGUGUGACUGACGGGACAGAAGCUCAGGAUUCAGUCUGGAGAUCCAGAGACACACAGGACUCAGAGCUCAGCCUCACUUUACUGUGUUAUACUGACGCUCAGGAUCAUGGAUCCGCUGAUCAAACCUCUGACUGUAACGCUGGAGAACAGCAGAUGCUGCAGACGCCGCUGAAGAUGUGCUCCGUCAAACUGGUGGACUGCAGGAACCUGAUAGAGAGCAGAGGAGAAAAAACCACAGCAGAGGAACAACAACAGAGACAUGAGGAGGAGGAGGAUGGUUUUAAUAAGGAUGAUGAAGGGAAUGAUGAGGAUGAUGGGAAUGUUGAGGAUAAUGAUGGGAAUGAGUAUGGGAAUGAUGAUGAUGACUUCAUUCCUUCAGAUGAGAAUGACAGUUCAGCUUCUUAUGAAGAAAUAACCUCAACAUCAAAAGAUCAGCUGAAGGUCAAGAGUUUUUCCUGCGUCACCUGUGGGAAAACAUUGAGUUCACAGGGACAUUUAGUGAGACAUGAGAGAAAACACACAGAACAGAAAGACUUCACCUGCAAGAUAUGCGACAUCAGCUUUCCUACCUUAGAAGAGAGGAGACUUCAUACAAAAGAGCACAGAGUGAAGAAGGAGUUUCACUGUGAACAGUGCGGGAAGGAUUUUUUCACCACUCCUUCUAAUAUGAGAAUUCACAUGAAGACACACACUGGCGAAAAGCCUUUCCACUGCAGCGAAUGUGACAAGAAUUUCAUCAGCAAAGCGAAUCUUGUUGUUCAUAAGCGAACCCACACGGGCGAAAAGCCUUUCCACUGCAGCGAGUGCGACAUGCAUUUCAGCACCAAAGGGAAUCUUGAUGCUCAUAUGAGAAUCCACACGGGUGAAAAGCCGUACAAGUGCCCUCACUGCGAGAAGAGCUUCAACCACAAACCCCAUCUGAAGACCCAUGUGCGUGUUCACACCAAUGAGAGGCCGUACCAGUGCAGCGAAUGUGGGAAAACCUGUAAGGACUCAAGUUCUCUAAGAUCACACCAAAAAAUACACUCUGAGGUGAAACCAGUAUCAGUGUUCACACUGUGAUAAACAAUUCCGUCAAAAAUGUAAUUUGAUUCAUCAUGAGAGGAUUCACACCGGAGAGAAACCGUACCUGUGCUCCUACUGCGGGAAGAGCUUUUUUGAUCAGGGUCAAUACGGGGUCC